AUGACCCUCUUGACAGAAGUCUUCAUCUCUGCCCUGUCCCAUGAAGCCUACGAGACUCUUCCAGAUGACCUAGAGAACUGGCUCUAUAAUGAGCACCGUAUUCUGCGUCAAGGAGAUAUUUUCUCCCUUGAUGGACCCAAUUUGCACUACCGGCUCGACAUGCUCAGUCCGGUCCUCCAAGGCUUUGCUCAAAAAGGCACCACUAGAAUUGUCCUUACUCUAGGCAAUUCGGAGGGUACUCUAGAGAGUGCCGAUAUCGAACCGGACUUUGUUGAAAUCGACGAACAAUUUCUCGCCUCCGCCACGUUAGGACUGCCCUCUCAAAACGCGUCAAACACCUUCGAUUGCAAACCAUUAAUAGACGCAGUUUCUCAAGAAUACGACGACUGUACUAUAUAUCUGAAGACUCAAGACCUGAGUCGCGUCGGAGGGUUAAAUGGGGACUGGGCAGUAGCGCAACUCGGUGGUACAAACUACCGUCGUCUCGUGCGGAUAUUAGCGGAUGACUCUGUCAUACAACAUAGCAAUGUGGUUCAAAUGGCGCCGCUUCUUCUUCACAACAUAUGCAAGAGCCAAACCCCUUCCAUCCUCUUGCGCUCGAGCCCUUUCGGCUCUGGUUCUCCUGCUAUCCCGACCGCCAAGUCUGUUACGGUUGCUCGUGUUGCUUCUCCGAUCUCGGUUGACAAAACGCAUGAACCCGCGUUCUUGAAAGCACUACGACAUCACUUCAACGCGUCAAAGCGCAUAGUCAAGAAAGGAGAUCUAGUUGCAGUGGGUAUCGAUACGACGAACAGGAGGGACACCGACGAAUUUCCUGAAACUCAGCGGUCGGACGAGGUUGUCUACUUCAUUAUUACCAACACAGAGCACGAUGUCGUGCCUGUUCAUGACUCGUAUCUUGACUUGGCUGGAGGAGAGCUUGGUUGCUAUGUUGAUCCUACAACGACGCGACUAAUUCAGGCUGGGGUGGAGCAUUGCCGUGUUCCUUCUGUGGGAAGGUAUUUCAGACCGCAUCGUCGAAGUCCUUCUGCUCUUCUUGCCGAUCUCAACUCGACAUCGUGUUUGCUUGGUCCAGCAAGUCCGUUUUCCAAACUCUCUACUUUAUGCUCUGCGACACUGUUGCGGGACGCGGUCGACUACAAUCUGAAUGUGUCCAUCCUACUCAAGGGUGUCAGCGGUAUAGGUAAAUAUACGACCGCACGGUGGGUUGCAGAAACGCUGGGGAUCCAUUUUAUGGAGAUCAACUGCUAUGACAUUGUGGGCGAAAGCGAAGUUAAAACCGAAGGAACUCUUCGGGCUCGCUUCGAAAAGCUCGAAGAAUGCUCGCCUUGCAUCUUGUUCCUGAGGCAUAUCGACGCUUUCAUACAGACCACCCAAAAUUUGGAGCCCGGCAAAGACCUCCCAAUCGUGAACGUCCUCCAGGAGUGCAUCGGAAAUCUACAAAGCAGUUGGAGGUUGGCUGGUCAGCCAGCCCUGGUUUUUGGCAGCACCCACGAAUCCGACCGGCUUCCCAUACAGCUCGUAGCCUCCUUCAAACACGACAUCAGCUUCGAGGCACCGAAUGAGGAUGAACGGCGAGAAAUGCUGCGCAUACUCCUCUCGGGGACGCCUUUGGCGCCGGACGUGUCCCUCUCUCGACUGGCUACUGAAACCGCGGCACUUGUGGCCAGUGAUCUCACCAGUCUAGUCCAAACCGCAGAGAGUCGUGCUGUUGCGCGAGCCGCCAACGUGACAAAUUCUACGGAGAAAGAGGUCAUCGAGGCAAGGGUGGGGGUGACCGCACAAGACUUUGAAAGCGCUCUAGAAAAGAUACGAACCAUACAUUCAGAGAGCAUAGGGGCUCCGAAGAUUCCGAAUGUGACUUGGGACGAUGUCGGUGGCCUGGCCUCUGUGAAGUCGGACAUUCUCGACACGAUACAACUGCCCUUGGAACACCCAGAGCUAUUUUCCGACGGCUUAAAAAAGCGAUCAGGCAUACUGCUGUAUGGCCCGCCGGGCACAGGCAAGACAUUGUUGGCCAAGGCAGUCGCGACCUCGUGCUCCCUCAACUUUUUCUCGGUCAAAGGACCAGAGUUGCUCAACAUGUACAUUGGCGAGUCAGAAGCCAACGUGCGACGCGUUUUCCAGAGAGCGAGGGAUGCGCGCCCGUGUGUCAUCUUCUUUGAUGAGCUCGACUCUGUUGCACCGAAGAGAGGCAACCACGGCGACUCUGGCGGUGUUAUGGACCGCAUCGUGAGCCAGCUUUUGGCGGAACUCGAUGGCAUGUCCAGUGAUGGCGGCCCUGAUGUCUUCGUUAUUGGCGCCACAAAUCGCCCCGACCUCCUCGACCCAGCUCUUCUUCGGCCAGGCCGGUUUGACCGCUUAUUAUAUCUCGGAGUCAGCGACACGCAUGAGGCCCAACUCAACAUCCUCAAGGCUCUCACUCGUAAAUUCAGGCUGGAUCCAGCCUUAGAUCUUCAAGCCCUGGCUGAGCAGUGUCCAUUCAACUACACUGGCGCGGAUUUCUACGCCCUGUGUUCAGAUGCGAUGCUGAACGCAAUGUCUCGCAAAGCUGACGCGUUGGAAGCCAAACUGGCUCAACUGAAUGUCACCCCGUUGGAGGGACAUCCACACCCGCUAACUGCCCAGUAUUACCUCGCUGAACUGGCUUCAUCAGAGGAUAUCGACGUUUUGGUCUCCCAGGCCGAUUUCGACCGUGCGUUGCGGAAUUUGGAGCCAAGUGUCAGUCAGUCGGAGAUGGACCAUUACAAACAAGUACAGCAACGCUUUUCUGGCGCGGUAUAA